UUCCCCGCCCACAAGCUUCCCCGCGCCGCGUCCCGCUCCCGCUUCGCUUCCCCCCUCCGGCUCCAUCCCGUGGCCUCCCCACCAACUCGCGAAUCAAAACCCGACUCCAUCCCGCCCGCGCGCCCUCGCCGUCGCCAUGGACGGCGGCUCCUCCAGCCUCCCCCUCCCCCACCCGCCGCCGCAGGUAUACCUCCGCCGCCCCGUGCCGCCGCCCGGCCCGCCGGUCACGGCUCCUCCUAGGGUCCACCUGUUCCGGCCCCCGGUGCCCAUCCCCAUCUUCUCCUCGAGGCCCCGCGCCGCCGCGAGGCCCCCGAUUCCUCCUGCUGCUGCUGCUCCAGCUCCCACUCCCGCGCCUCCUCCCCAAGUGGCCGCAGCGCCGGGGCCCCCUCGGCCGCCUCCUGCGGCCCCCACCUCCACCGACAUGCCGCCUCCUCCUCCGGAUCAGCCGCAGGCUGGUUUGAUGCUCCCGCCUCCGGCUCCUAAAGCGGCGGGGGAGGGGACACCCAUGCCCAACCCACAGCCGAAUGAGCAAAACAAUGGAGGAGAGACUGCUAAAGAUAAGGAGACUACCUCUGAACCAGUGAAAGUUAUCAAACGGGUAAAGAAGCUAAAGGUUUCUAAACAGAGCGUGGUCACCUCAGAUGGUUCAGGAGCAGUUGAAGGAGAUGCUGGGCCUUCAUUACAUUCAAUAAACCACUGCCGCUAUGACAGCUCGCUAAGUCUUCUCACAAAGAAGUUCAUCAACCUGCUUCAAGGAGCAGAAAAUGGAACCCUUGAUUUAAAUAAAGCAGCUGAGACGCUGGAGGUGCAAAAGAGGAGGAUAUAUGAUAUAACAAAUGUUCUAGAAGGUGUUGAUUUAAUUGAAAAAGGACUUAAGAAUAUGAUUCGCUGGAAGGGAUUUGACAUGUCGAAGCCUAAGGAGAUAGAAUGCCAAAUUUCCUCAUUGAAGGAGGAACUUGAAUCUCUUUAUGAUGAAGAGUCCAGGUUGGAUGAUGAAAUAAGGGAAGCAAAAGAGAAACUACAAGCCCUCACACUGGAUGAGGACAAAAGAAAGUCGUUAUAUCUUUUGAAGGAAGAUAUAAAUAAGAUUCCUCACUUUCAGGGAUCCACUCUUAUUGCUAUAAAUGCUCCUCAUGGAACAUGUGUUGAAGUUCCAGACCCUAAUGCGGAUCUGUACUUGUAUGGGGACCUGGGUUUGCAAGAGAAGCAUUACAAAAUUGUCUUGAGAAGCUCAAUGGGUCCCAUUGAUUGCUAUUUAAUAAGUGACCAACAGGAGAUAUUUAACCCAGAUCAGCAGGUGGCAGCGGGCAAAUUAGAACCUGUGAUCGCCACUGGCAGUUCUCAAGCUGUGCAGCAGAUGGAUUCUGAUCCAAAUCAGACACCAGAAAAGGGUCAGAGCAAUGCUGUUUGCACGCAUACAUCAGAACCUUCUAGAAAGCAUGAGAUCAUGUCUGGCAUUCUGAGAAUUGUUCCAUCAGAUGCUGAUGCUGACUCUGAUUACUGGCUCGCUUCCGAUGUCGAUGUUAGCAUGACAGAUGCAUGGGGUACAUAGAAGAUAGAUCCUCGGACUUACAGGCUCGUUGGUCCCUUAGAUAGACAAAAUAGAAUGACUCCAAAGUACACAGUUGCAAUGGGGUGAAUGCGCAUUGCAUCCCCCCUGGUCCAUGCUCUGGCCCCAUUAACCAACAAAGCAAAGGAUACAUGGUAGGCAGUAGAUCUUGUACAUUGGGAGCGUGAUUGUAGUUGUUACCCUACUUCAUUGUCAGUUGAGAUAGGGUCAGCAUGUGCGGUAGGUCUCAGCUUAAAUCAUAUUGGCCUUUACCUUCCUUUGAACAGAUUAUGUGUGUGUAUCAAGUUAUGAGGCAACACAAUCCGGAAGAAAGCCAUCAGCCUAUGCGUAUAUUUAUCUGGUCUUCGUUUAUUUGAAGAGCAGUAAUAUUGUAUAUCCUGACUAUCAAUGUCAAUUACCAAUAGCAGAUCUAUAGAGGCUAUAAAAUUGUUUUAACUUUUUUC